UGAAAAGAAAAACACAAAAUCCUUGCAGUUCUUCGAUACAAACUAAGUCGAAGUUCUGUCCCUCGUCUCGAUUCCUUUCUCUCUAAUUCCGCCAAACCUUGCGGCGAUUUCUCCAACCUCUUUAACUCAGCCUCUCUGUGUCCUUUAUACUUUAAAACAGACUUCUCUCAUUCAGCAGAGCUCUCUUUGAAAUUUUCUUUCUACAACAGUCUCUCAACAAUGGCUCAAGUGAUGGCUACGGGAUCGAUCCAUGGUUCAUUACUGUGCCGUAGCUCUGGAUCGCUACAAGCGCGAGUUGAUAAGCUAAAGCCUUCAAGUUUUGCUUCGAAAGUGUUGGCAAGUGAGGAGAACAAGAGGGAGAAGAACUGCCUCAAAAUUGCCCCUAGAAGCACUCAAAUUGCGGCUGCUAAGAGAUCCGUACGUGCUGAGCCUGAAGUUAUUCCCGUCUCGCCCGAGGAUGUACCGCAGAAAGAAGACCAGGUUCUGCAUUUACAGCAAUUAGGCUACACUUCAGUGGGUGUGUGGUCCAAGCCCACAGUUAGACGCAAGACAAAGAUUGUUUGCACCAUUGGUCCUUCAACCAACACAAGGGAAAUGAUAUGGAAGCUGGCUGAGGCUGGAAUGAAUGUUGCCCGAUUGAAUAUGUCUCAUGGAGACCAUGCAUCUCAUCAGAAAGUUAUUGACUUGGUUAAAGAAUAUAAUGCACAGUCCAAAGACAAUGUCAUUGCAAUCAUGCUUGACACUAAGGGUCCUGAAGUCAGGAGUGGUGACUUGCCUCAACCAAUCACAUUAACACCAGGACAGGAAUUUACUUUUACAAUUCGUAGGGGGGUUGGCACUGCUGACUGUGUCAGUGUUAACUAUGACGAUUUUGUUAAUGAUGUAGAAGUUGGUGACAUGCUUCUUGUUGAUGGUGGUAUGAUGUCACUAUUGGUGAAGUCCAAAACAGAGGACUCAGUGAAAUGUGAAGUUGUUGAUGGUGGAGAACUUAAGUCUAGGCGUCAUCUAAAUGUUAGAGGAAAAAGCGCAACACUGCCUUCCAUCACUGAAAAGGAUUGGGAUGACAUAAAAUUUGGGGUGGACAAUAAAGUUGACUUCUAUGCAGUUUCCUUUGUAAAAGAUGCACAAGUAGUUCAUGAAUUGAAGAACUAUCUUCAAAGCUGCGGUGCAGAUAUACAUGUGAUUGUAAAGAUUGAAAGUGCAGAUUCUAUAGCAAAUUUGCAUUCAAUAAUCACAGCAUCUGAUGGGGCAAUGGUUGCAAGAGGAGACCUUGGUGCAGAGCUCCCCAUUGAGGAGGUUCCACUUUUGCAGGAAGAAAUUAUCAGACUGUGCCGAAGCAUGGGGAAGGCUGUUAUUGUGGCAACAAAUAUGCUGGAAAGCAUGAUUGUUCAUCCAACUCCAACCAGAGCAGAGGUAUCUGAUAUUGCCAUUGCAGUUCGUGAGGGUGCUGAUGCAGUAAUGCUUUCUGGAGAAACUGCUCAUGGAAAAUUCCCAUUGAAAGCUGUGAAAGUUAUGCACACAGUUGCAUUACGAACUGAAGCAACCAUAGCUAGUGGUACAAUGCCACCAAAUCUUGGUCAAGCGUUCAAGAACCACAUGAGCGAGAUGUUUGCGUAUCAUGCAACCAUGAUGUCAAACACUCUCGGAACCUCAAUUGUUGUCUUCACCAGGACUGGCUUCAUGUCUAUAUUACUGAGCCAUUAUCGACCUUCUGGCACUAUUUUUGCCUUCACAAAUGAGAAGAGAAUACAACAGAGAUUGGCUUUGUACCAAGGAGUUUGUCCCAUAUACAUGCAGUUUUCAGAUGAUGCAGAAGAAACAUUUGCAAAUGCCUUAUCAGUGCUCAAGAAUCAAGGGAUGGUAAAGGAAGGGGAGGAAGUUGCACUUGUUCAGAGUGGCAGACAACCAAUCUGGCGGUUCCAAUCUACACACAAUAUUCAGGUCCGGAAAGUGUAGUCAAAGAAAGAUGAUAAACUUACUAUGGCAUUUUAGAUUAGGAUAAUUUAUGGAGUUCUUAUCUGAGCACUAAAUGACUUCCGUUGUGGGAUUGCCAUCAUUCCAGCUCGUUGUGUCUGCUUCCUAGGUUUUAACAGGAUUAUUUCUUAACGGUUUAUUUUGUCUUCUCUUUUUCCCUGAUACGCACGUGUUAUAUGAUGCUUUAGAACAAGUCGCAGUUGAAUGAAAAUUUUUCCCAAGA